AUGUUCGAUGUGGUUGUUAUCGGCGCAGGUAUAUCUGGACUGGGAGCUGCUCACCUACUCACUCGUGAAUCAUAUAGUGUUCUAGUGUUGGAGGCACGUAAUCGUCCAGGUGGCCGAAUACAUAGCGUGCGCCUACCCUCAUUAUCAACACCUGUUUCUAAUGCCCAAUCAAAUAUCAAUCAUGAUAACCUCAGUACUUAUCAUUUCCAUAUUGACGAACAAAAACCUAAUACGUCAGUACAUGAAUCAUCCGAUUCUGAUAGUUCCAUGUCAUCUCGUUCUCCUCCUUCUGCCCACCAAUCAUUUGAUCGUCAAUUGGAUGAUGAAAUUAAUUCGGAUUAUUCUGGUCCGAUCGAUGUUGAUCUUGGUGCAAACUAUUUAAUUGGUUGUUCAAAUCGACAAGCUGACCAACCAUUAUUUCAUCUAGCUCGUAUGCUACGAAUUCCUACAGCUGUUACUGCUGGUGAUUUGUGCAAAAAAUAUCGCGGUUGGGAAUGUGUAGAAAUAGCCAAAUGGCUUAAUCAUUUUACUCCUAACUCUCCGAUAACUCCUGAUCAAGUUGCUGAUGGUGUAUUUCUGUUUGAUAAGGUUAUUCAUCUUACUGUUGAUCGUUAUAUGAAAACAAAAUCUAAAACACAAUAUAAUCAUUCUGACACUACAGUCAAAGAACUUUUUGAUAAAGCUUUACAAGAUAUAUUUGACAUUGAAGCUCAAUUCGGAAUUCGUUCUUCUGCUAAUUUUCGCGAUCAUAUUGAAGAAGGCAUAUUCUUAUCUAUAGUUAGCCGUUAUUUAGCAUAUGUAAAUCCUAUAGAACGCUUGCCAUUAUGCGUUUUAGAUGAUCUAUGUGAAGUGGCCGACUCGAAAUGGCAAUCAAAUAUUAUCGGUGGGAAAUCUGGCAUAAAUACUGGACAACAUGGUUUAAAUCAAUCAUCUUUACUGGCUCAACUCGUACAAUCCUAUCCUACAUUUGAUCAACGUAAAGCUUAUCAUGCUUGGGCAGAACGUAAAUUGGACGCUUUAGAAAAUAAUGAUAAGUCCUCUUUACCAUCGAUUGCUAAAUGCGUAUGUGUUAGCUGGGAGGAUCGCCUAGUGACUAGUCGAUUUAGUGACCUAUUGAAUCCAUUGCUUAAAGGUGUAAAUAUAAUCUACAAUGCUGUAGUUACGGAAAUUGAUUGGAGUAGAGCUGGUGAUACUACUACUGCUAAUAAUAAUAAUAUCAAUAAUAAUGAUAACAAUAGUAUUAAUAAUAAUGAUACACACCAUAAUAGAAUAUUAAUAAAGGCAAGAGUGAAACGGGAAUCCCAUUUAACUCAGAAUGGUGAUGAUGAUAAUUUGACACAGGAUUCGUAUGAAGAGCAGAUAUAUGAAGCCAAACAUUGUAUUAUUACUGUUCCAGUUGGUGUGCUAAAAGGUCUUAGUCCGUCCUCAACAAUCACUUUCUAUCCGGAAUUACCAUUGAAUAAACGUCAAGCUAUUGAACGUUUGGGUAUGCCUAGUCAAGGUUCGGCUACACAUGAAAAAGUAAUUCUACGCUUUAAAUAUCCUGAACAUGUGUUCUGGGAUACUGGUGCAGCUCAUCUUAAAUGUCCUGAUCCUCGUUUGCAUAUUCUAAAUUUACAUCGUUAUGGCAAACCGGGUGUUUUAUGCGCUCAUUUAUGGGGAGGAUCUGGUCUCAAUUCAGCUAAUCGAUCGGAUAAAGAAAUUGUUGAUAUAAUAUUAGAUUUAUUAAACUUAAUGUACGGUGGAAAAUACAAACCUGAUUCUGAAGUAUCAGGUCGUAAAAUUCCCGACCCAGUGUAUUAUUUAGUGACCCGUUGGUCUGAAGAUCCUUUUUCUCUAGGCGCUUAUACUACUGGAGAGCCAGGUAGUUCCGAUGCUGACCGGUUAGUCUAUGCAUUAAGUUUAACUGGUUUGGAUGCCAAAAAUCAGCGGAAAAUGAAACUAGGAGAGGAUGUUUUUAUUGUUGACGAUAAUCUUAGUAGCAAUAAUGUGAACUUUACUGCUGAUAAUGAGUUGACAAUUCCACGUCUUCUGUUUGCUGGUGAAGGAACACUGACAGCGAAAGAAGCCAAGGAAUGUACUCACGGUGCUUUACAGACUGGAAUUGCACGAGCUAUUGAAUUAUUACCAUAUCUUAUGAAAUCUAAAUCUACUAUACCUGAUCCAUGUAUAAUACGUGAUUUGGAAAUUUUACGUUUACAUGCACAAUCGAAUUUUUCCAGUUUCAGCACUAAACUAGCUAGUUAUUUAUUCGGUAAAGUACAAUUAAAUCGUUUAUUAAAUUGUAAUAUAGCAAAUGGUAAACAAUAUCGUCGUGUAAUUUUAACACGUUCUGCUGAACAUACUGCUAAAGUCCUAUCAUAUCAUACUACUAAUAAUAGUGAUAAUGAUGAGAAAAUGGACAUAAAACUCGAAAAUAUCAAUUACAUGAUUGCUACUAAUACUCCAUUUUCAAGGUCACCAUUUUAUGGUUAUCGUCGACGUUAUCAUCAUUCAUCUAAAUCUUGUUGGAAUACAGAUAAUGAAAAUUGUAAAUGUUGUUCAUAUGCUCAUAUUAGUAAACGUUCACGUCUUGCUACUACUGGACGUAGAGGAAGAAGAGGGAGAGGGAGAACAAGAGGCUGUACAAUUUACAAUCAACGUGGUAAUUUGAACGCACAAAUGUCACAUAGUUUUAUUGUGAAACGACCACGUGGAAGACCACCUAAACGCCAAGGUCUUGCUGCGUUGCAUGCGAUUUCCAGAGCACAUCGUUAUUUACGAAGAGUAUCAUCAUCUAGACUACUGUAUAAUCGAUAUAGAUUAGAAUCUUCUAAUUUAUUAAAUCAACCAGUUAACUCAAUAUUACCAUCCUCCACGUCAUCAACACCAACAUUGUCUGUACGAGGCAGAGGUCGGGGUCGAGGUGGUAAACGAGGUAGACCACGAAUACACUUCCCUCGUACUUAUGAAUCUACUGGUACAAGUUGGGGUAAUUAUCUAUCUGAAGAAGAUAGACAAGAAAGUUUAUUACAACUAGGUAAUUUAUUAAAUGAUCUUCACUCACCACAAAAAUCUAAACAUGUCUGUGUAACUAUACCACAAGAAUUAUGUUUAAAUACUGAAAUUAUUCUUACUAAUGGUGAUACAACAACAGCAAUAUUAAAAGAUGAUGGAUUAGAAGAAGAUGAAGAAGAACUCCUGUCUCAUAUUGAUGAAGAUAAUUCUGUUAAUGAUAACGAUGGACAUCAUUAUGAUUAUUCAGGUUUGUCAUUGAAGAACAACCAUGUAGAUGUUAUGCAAUAG